UGAUUUGCUAGUGAAUUUAUCUGCACGAUAAGCCCUUGCAUUGAAUUCCUGAGUAAUUGGCAACCCCGAAGGCCUAUGCGCCUUCACUGAACAACCUAAGGUGAGGAUGUGUUGCAUAGAUUCGUGCUCUUCAAUAGGCUUGUAUCAAUAUGGUCGUGCUGGAAUCGAUAUGUGAUCACGAGGAUGCACUGUCUAUUCCCUGCCCUGGUAACGCGCAAUGAGGAUUCAUCAGACUGUCUAUUUUUUCCAUCAGACGAUGCAACCAGCGGGGAUAAGACAGGAAAAAAAUUUCAUUUGAAAACGCACUAAGUCAGCCUACUGGGGAGGUGAACACAAGCUUAAUCUACUUCUCAUUCCUCUAUCUUUGGGAAGUCUUCUUGAACCUUGGAUGGCAUCACUCCAACAUUCUAGCUACCAGAAGCGGCCAUGCAGGUUUUAUGGACAAUGCUUGCGGGUAUAAGUGCACGUGAACACACCCGUGUAAUAGAGCGCAGUUGAACUCUACAGUGCUCGCCUGCAAUCCUACGGAAUGCUGGGCGGCAUUCAAAUCUGUUGGCACCGAGGAAAACGCGGCCACAACAGCUGUGCAAGCAAGAAAACUGAUGACUGUGGACUACCGGUACGCCUAUAACCGCAAUGAUGUUUUGAGCUAAAGACCGACUUCAAUUGUAUUGAUCCGCUGGAUUUCCCGACUAUAAAAAUUGGGCGUGAAUACAGGCAUACGAUGAUUGAGGAUGGCUACCGCUCUGGAGCCAAUGGCCGACAGUGAGGAAGACCUGCUUAUUGACCUUCGACCCAAGUCCCCCUACGGCGAACCGCUCGGCAAGUUCCACGUAGCCACGGAAUGGCCACAGCCCCUGCCGCGCUCGCGGCACGCCCGCCGGCCGCGGGCCGACGCCCGCUACCGCACCCAGCCGGUCACCUUUGACGAGAUUCGCGAGGUGGAUGAGGACGUGAGCCAGGUCAGCAGGCCGGCCCAGGAGACGGGCCAGCGGACGGCUGACGCGGCCGCCGACGAGACUGAUCACCACCGGCAGCGGAUCACGGAAUUGAAGUGCCCAAUCAAGCUGGAAGCGCUGAACGCUGCCAUUGAGAAGAUCAUGAAGAAACCAGCUGCUUCAGGGGCCGAUGAAGACGAUAUCGACAAACUGACCCACAUUCACGAAACAUCAGAUCCAGCCGAAACAGUUUGACGUAAAUUUGUUAGAAAGCCUGCCUCCAAUCCCUUACGAGUCACCGAUUUACAUUGUUUAUUCUUCUUAACUGUUGUAAUAUCAAUCCCCCUCUCAAUUUUCAAUGGAGUUCGGAAUAAUGAUGUCGGUCAAAUCUUUUGACAAUAGAUGAGGUAGGCUACCGACAGAGGGCGCCUCUUGAAGAGAGCAACGAGCAACGUUUGUAGCAUCUGGUCGCAACAUAAAAGCAAUCUCGGGACAAUUUUCCCGCGUGAAUCAAAAUUACUGUUGUAGUUAGCAUGUGUGGUACGGUUAAAACCCUAAUAAGAUAUAGUACUUACAGCUGGGAACUCUUAUCUAAUUCACAAACUGUGACAACCUAAGACACGUGGGGCCCGUCAAGUCCUCUGACGGUCUGCCGAUACAAUAAGCCUUUUGCGAGUUAAAUUUGAAUAAUGUCUGGCACCGCUGAGUUCUUUAAAUUCAUGUGAACAUAA